AUCUCUCUUGCCGCUUUUUCUCUUGCUUUCCUCGAUUCUCUCUCUCCUCUCUCUCUCUCUCUCUCUCUCUCUCUCUUUCUCUCGCUCUCUCGUUCUCUCGCUCUCUUGCUCUCCGGAUUGCGCGCACUCUGUUACUCCUCUUCGAGGCUAGAGACGGAGGAAGAAGAAGAAAAGAAGAAGAAAAGAGGAAGAAGAAAAAAGGAGAAGAGAGAGAAACAGAAGAAAAAACAACGAAGAGGAAGAAGAAGAAGAAGAAGAAGGAGGAGGAGGAGGAGGAGAAUACGGGUCUUCGUAGUUCCGCGUGGUCACGCAGAGAUAAAUGGAUAAAGUGAGGAAGAAAGAAAGAAAGAAAGAAAGAAAGAGAAGAUGGUCGCGCGUCAUACUCGUCCGUGUGUCGUGCUGUCGCAACGCGUUGUCGAGGAGUGUCGUGUAGUGCGUUUCGUUGUGUUUUUCCAUCGGUGUGUUCGCUUCGCGUGUUUUCGCUCGCGAGAAAGAAGAAAUCUUGAUUCUCGAUAGGUCGAGUUGAAAGGAAGAGGACUCGCGUCGAUGAUGCGCGUUCCGUUCUUGGCGACGGCGCGUCGCGGAGUACGCGCGCGCGCCUCUGGGCCCGUCCAUAUAUCGCGAGCUCUGUAUAUAUCUCGACGAGAAGAGAGAGGCCGAGGAGGAGAGGGACGAUCGCGCGCUUAUCGCGUACAUCUCGAUAACUCGGGCGCAACGAUGAGAGGACUCGGAGAAGACGGCGACGAUACGACGACGUCGUCGAGAAACACGAAAACGAUAUCAAAAACGCACGAUUCGGAAAACCUUUGACGUUCCAUUCGGAAUCGCGAGCGAAGCAGCGGCGCCGAGAGCGCCUCUUCCUUCGUGCGUGCGUUGUUACGUGCGUCGUCGACGCUAGCGGCCGACGCCAGACCGAUCGACCGAUCGACCGACCGACCGAUCGACCGACCGACCGACCGACCGACCGACCGACCAGAGAUUCCUCCCACACGCUUCUCUCUCCUCUUCCACGAGAGUCGUCUCGCUCUCUAUCAUCUCUCUUUUUCUCCAUAGACGUGCAUCCAUGUGUGUGCGCGCGUGCUACGUGUGCGUGUCGUGUGCGGUGUGUACGUGUGUAUGCGCGCGUCUCUCCUCUCUUUCUCUCUCUUCCCCUCCAUCGCCCCUGUCUCCUCUCUCUCUCUCUCUCUCUCUCUCUCUCUCGACGAAGAGCGAGACGAGAGGGAGACCUGCUCUCUACCGUCCUUGGCCUAGCCGGCAAUAAUUUCCGGAUGAAUUUGAAUGGCGUACUGCGCGCGCGCGCGCGUCUCUCUCUCUCUCUGUCUCUCUCUCUCCUCUCCCCCACCUUGCCUUUCUCUUCCACUCUCCCCACGCAACUCCCUCGGCCAGAGUUCCUCCUCUCUCAUCGUCGACCGUUUUCCUUCCAACAGUGGCUCUCAUUCGACUAACGGGACAAAACUCUCCGUCUCUUCCUUUCCCCUUUCUCUGCCUGGACGAUUCGGCGUAACAUCUGUCGUUUCCACGGGCUCGACGUCGUAGGGGAAUAUUGAUUUAUUUCUCUAGCAAAAGUAGGGGAAGAGCACUCAGCCCUUGUCCUUUCUCGGCUCUCUACCUACCGUUUUGCGUACCCUUCUUUACCCCUACUCUCGCUAUUACGCGCAAGCGCGUACGGCUCGCCCGUACCUACGUCGAGAGAAAGUGGGACUUACGCCGGGGAGAGCUCUUUCUCCCACUUCCCCUCCUUUUUCCUCGAGCACGAUCAAUACGAGCGAGGUCCCUGCUUCGAGCUUAGAGUACACGGCGCACGCAUCGGUGCACCUAGCCACCCUCUCUCGUUUCUACGAGAUCGUCCGACUUCCUUCCCAACCACCCUCUUCGAUCCGUACGAUCGAUCUUACGAGACUCCUUUUUCAUAGGUUCGCUUCCCUUCCGCGACUUACGUAGGUACGUAUAUCCAAUACAUUCGCUUUCGCGAGAUAUCGUUGUCUCUACGAGGUGUCACCGCCGAGGGAUGCUCGACGAAUACUUUUUUCUCUUAAUUUUCUUUGUCCGAAAACGGAGAAACUCGUUGCGACUCUGAUAGUAACGUUGGUCCGUUUGCUUCGACCGCUUUCCUCUCGUUCGCAUAUUAUUCGCCUUCCUUCGAAGAGACUGCAUAGUCGUCGUAAUCGUAUAGAAGCUACACGACCGUGUACGGUGGCGACGGUGGUUGCGAGCUCGUACAUACUUUGUCUAACUACUUCGACUCUAAUCCCACUGUAGUUCGGGCAGCCGCUAGAGGAGAAGUCGUUAGCGCCUUUCUUCUCCAUCGAGAGAGCGAGAGAGAGAGAGAGAGAGAGAGAGCGAAAGAGAAUUCGCGGUUCCGAGUCCCCAACGUGUUCGUUCGCCCGUGUGGUCGAGAGCAUGGGCGCGCGCGCGCGCGCGCGCGCAACGCCUCGUCGACCUUCCCAGCCGUUCCGAAACACGCCCCCGACAGACAGAAAGAGAGAGAAUUGAAGGCAGCCGCGUGAGAAUUAGAGGAUACGAGCCGAUUCCCCUUCGUCCAAACUCGCUGGAAAAAUUCCAACCCCUUUCGCUUUUGGAGCGUCGAAACCGUCGACAAAUUUUUCUCUCUCGUACCUUCUUUUUCCUCUCGAGCAUAAAUAAAAGCGUAAAUAAAAUAUUUCGUACAACUUUCGAUAGAGUCGAACGCUUUCUCUUUCGUGCAAUAAUAUCGAAAAGAAUGGACGGAGAUCGAGAAUGAAACUUUUGUCGAAAUUAUUUACAGCGGUCUCCGCCGUACCGUUAGGGAUUUACGGUACUACCUGCAAAGAUAAUAAGACACUUUCGCAGGCACGUCCUUUCGAUGGGAUUACCACGGUAGGAUCUCUGCCCCGCCUCGUUUCUAUUCUCGACUCUCUGUACGCAGUUUCGUACGAUUUUGUUUUUCCAUCUUUCUCCGUUCUUUUAUUUUCCAAGAUCGUCUUUAACGUUACUUUCGCGUUUAUGCAAAGGAAACGAUAUUACGGACGUAGCGUUACCUCGCGAGAUAAUUCGUUUUGCUCGACGAGUUCGCGAGAAAAGCCGAUUUAAAGAAACAGUCGUCCCGAGAUGAAACGUAAUCUCGCAAAAGUGCCGUCUCGAGCAUUCGAACCGAUGGAAGAGGCGAGCUUCUUUCCGGGAGUGGAUGAAAAGCGACGACGGCUCGUUAAUCGUACCUUCCGAGUCGGCCGUUCGAGAAGGGUAGCGAUGACAUAGUUCCUGUCUUCUUGCUUUUCGUAGACAGUACGCGUAAAGAAAGCACUACGCUCUUUGCACGUAAAGAAUCGACGAAGACAGCUACCUGGUCGAUCGCUCUUUAGUUUUACACUCGCAAUAACAGGGUGUCUUAUCUCCCUCGUUGCACGAGUCACCAUUUACAAGCGAAUCGGAUUUUCCAACGUAGAAGGGUCCUGGAUAACGACCACGAGGGAAGGAUUAUUGUUCCAAGAAUAGUGGCCGACCGCUGAGGACUUCGAAGAUGGAGGGUAGCGGUACGGGUGUUAGCAGGUUGGACUGCUACGAGGAUAUGUUCAAGGAAAUUACUCGGAAGCUUUACGGAGAGGAUCCCGAUCACAGAACUUCGAGCGUGCAAAACGAAUUCGAGACCUCCGUAACGUACAAGACCGAAGAGGACGCGGGAAAUGGUACGGACGGAAGCGACGAAGGUAAUUGGACCUGCGAGGAAGAACCUCUUAAAGGCACCGAUGGCAGUCGAAUAGCCGCGUAUCACGCGGCCAAAGCAACUUGGAGAUGCUACGAGUGCGGCGACAUCAUGGGAGGUGGGCCACGAGAGGUAGCCGAGCAUUUUAUGGAACUACACUCGUCGAGGAUUCUGACCGACGACAGCAGAAACAGACACCCUUCGCCUCGUAAGGAUUACAUGCAGACGGAGCUCAAGGCCGAAGAAGUUGUAUCCUAUCUGGAAAGAUUGAGGGAACGCGCGGAAACGGCUGCGCCACCUUCCCGGAGGACUCAGGAAACGCAGACCGUACCUGCCGCUUUAUUACCGAUGGCCUCGUCCUUUCUUUUGCAAGAAUUACCAUCCGUCCCAGUGCCGCAUCACCUACAUCAGAACUGCGCAACCAUGCCAACCUCGGCGACGACAUCGGCAAGCACCAAGAGAUACACUUGUCCGUACUGUCCCUACGGAACCGAUAGACGCGAUCUAUACACUCGUCACGAAAAUAUUCACCGCGAGGAGAAACCCUUCCAUUGUUACAUCUGCUACAAACCGUUCAAUCGUGCCGAUCACGUGAAGAAACACUUUCUUCGAAUGCAUCGCGAACACUGCUACGAAUUGUCGAGAAUAAGAAGACCGGCCGGAACAACUGCUCCCAAGCCUUUGCAACAGGACUCGAAUGUGACCCCUACCGGUAAUAAUGCAAAUCAGCAGCAGCAACAGCAACAGCAACAACAACAACAGCAGCAGCAGCAGCAACAGCAGCAGCAACAGCAGCAACAGCAGCAGCAACAGCAGCAGCAACAGCAGCAGCAGCAGCAACAGCAGCAGCAACAGCAACAGCAGCAGCAGCAGCAGCAGCAGCAACAACAACAGCAGCAGCAACACGCUACGUAUACGCCCAAUUACAAUGGAAACAAAAAUUAUCAGUUGCAGCCUAAUCCUGGAUCUGGAACGACCGCGGGUGCGCCGGGGAUAUAUCAAGCGACGACUAUGCCGGCACCAGGUAUCAUGCAGCCGGACGCGAACUGCAUGACGGGUAGAAGAAUGCAAAAUGGUGGCUGCAACAGCAAAAGUCAUUUGAAGGGUGGUCCGAAAGCUCAAGAGAGAAGGUAUACCUGUUGUUAUUGUUCGUGGAGCGGAGUCGAUAAUUGGUGCCUAAAGCGUCAUCUGAAUACGCACUUGAAGCCGUACGCUUGCACGCUCUGCGAGUAUAAAGCAGCACGUGCCGAGCGUCUCUCGACGCACGUGCUCAAGGUACACAACAGGAGGCAGUGCUCUAGAUGUUCCUUCCUCGGCGAAGACGCCGCGCAGUUACAAAUGCAUCAAUUACACGUGCAUCGCAUUAGCAGCGCCAAUCCACCGCCUAACUCGGUGGUACAAGCCGUGCCACCGCCUAUCAAUCGUCAGCAACAGCCCAUUCAUCCCGCUGCUGGAGGACGACCGCCACCUGGUCCACCGGUUUUUCCUGCACCGGCGCCGGCGAUCACACCUGCUACCACCGUAAUACCACCGACCACUAUACUCGGCCACGAGAUGGUAAAAUCACCUGCAACUGCAGCGACUAUGGCAUAUCCGUUGGAGGAGGAGAGGCGAAGGUCGAGAGGUCGAGAAGACCUCGAAAGCCUCGAGCACGGCAACGGGGAGGACAAGGACUGCGGCGAAAAUGACCGCGUCAGCGAUAUCGAAAGAACGAACGAAAGCGUUUCUCGUGAUCGUGAUUCGGUCUUAACGUCUAAUCGUCAUUUUACGUGCAGCAUCAGCUAUCACCGAAGUUUGCCCGACGACGAGAAGAGCUCCUCCACAAUUACGACCAACUCGGAACGUGUUCGCGGGCUGCCGUUUAGCGAGGAGAGGAAACCGAACGAGAGACGAUCCAGGAAGCAGAGUCAACCGAGGAAGGCCGUCGGUUGCGAGCUCGAAACCGAAGACGAAGAGCAACCGACGAUAUUUACGAACGAGCCACCGAAGGAGAAGAGAUCUUUCGAAAGAGGGAUCGACGCAGGCGAGGAAAGUGCAAUCGGAAAUUGGAAGGAAAGUAGUUUAGAAGGGCUGGCCGAAGAGCCGGUCGAAGAGCAGAUCGAAGAGCCGGUCGAAAGGCCGGUCGAAGGGCCGAUCGAAGGGCCGGUAGAAGGGCCGAUCGAAGGGCCGGUAGAAGGGCCGAUCGAAGGGCCGAUCGAAGGGCCGAUCGAAGGGCCGAUCGAAGGGCCGAUCGAAGGGCCGAUCGAAGGGCCGAUCGAAGGGCCGAUCGAAGGGCCGGUAGAAGGACCGGUCGAAGGGCCGGUCGAAGGGCGGGUCGAAGGGCCGGUCGGUGAUCCUGGCGAAGGCCCGGCCAAGGAUCCUGGCGAAGAAUCGGUCGAAAGAUCGCUCGCACCGAAACUUCUCAAGUGCCGCAUGUGUCCCAACGACGCGCCCGCGUCCAGAUCGUCCACCUACAAGCCUUAUCAUACCAAGGCUUCCCUGACACUUCACAGACUCUGGAGACACGAUAAAAGUGAGAAAAGUGAGAAAAGUGAGCGAAAGAGGAGGAAAUCCUCCACGAAGGUUAGCGACUCGGAGAUUUCGCAUUACGCGUCUCUAUCGUCGAUCACGCUCAAGGCCACGGUCUUUACCAAUCCGGGCUACGACUACCGCAGAUAACGCUCGGUGUACCUUUUGAACUUUGGAACGACGAUACUUGCGAAAUCAAUUUCUUUUCUUCUUAAUGUUAAGGUUAUUCGAAUAGUAUUAACAAGCGGAACGAAUCUCUACAAGAUUAUCGAGUACCGCGCUUAUAUUUUAGCCUAUUUACCGAAGAUAUCUUCGACCGACGAACGCGUAUUUCGAUCGGAUAUGAAUGAAACUUAUUUUCACUCGUUUGAUUCGUUUGACUUGAUUUGAUUCGAUUGAAAACAAAAUGAUUAGGAGUCUUUGGAUCGAGUCGUAAAACAAAGAAUUGUGAGUCCUGUCCAAAGAGUAGGAGCGCUUUCUUAAAUAGAAGUGAAAUCUUUGUAACGCGAGCCCACCCGGCUUAACAGGUUCAGUGUUAAACGAUAAAAAGAGGCGCUUGUAAAUACGUAUACCUAUCUUGAUUGGGUAAUCGCGAUAUAAAAUGUUUGCAAGGCGACAACGAGAGGAUAGCUACUUGGACGAGUUAAGUCGACGAAGGUUAAUUGAAAAUGUCCAACUCGAAAAGCGUUAGGAGCAUCUCCCGAUACGAUACGAUCUAUUGAGAAGGCAGAAAAGAGAAAAGAAAAAAAAAGAGAGAGAGAGAGAAAGAAAAAAAAGAAAAGGGACGAAGAAAUAAGAAAGAAAGCUUGGGAAAAAGCUCAAAUACGAAAGCGUGGGAUUUAAUGUUUUAUACUCGUGCCCAUUCGAUGUUCUCGUGCAUUUGUCUUCGUCCAUCUGUAAUCGUGUAAUCUCCUUUCCUUUUUACCCAACGGCGAGCCGUUUCUCCUUUCGAUAUAGGAGGAGAAUGAUCUCGCGAGAACCCAUUCGUAAUAGAUCGAAAUUUCAGUCGUCAUGCCGUUUCCAUAUCGCGCUCCGCUGCUGGAAAUGACUUUUAUACAUAUAAGGCAUUUGUACAAAACCAUUAUCUUGUUUACGUUAUUACAUUAAAUACAUUACGUCUAUUAUACUUUA